UCAUGUUAUUUUUUACUAUCAGUAAAUAGUAUGGAUCUAUUUUUCACGUGUUAAAAAAACAACAGGUGAACCGGUACGAUGUGAAGGUGGGGAAUUUUGCCCAAGGUCUAUCUGUGACAGUUAGAAUAUGGCAGCUGAGUAUUGUCGUGGAAUCCUGAAGGUUUGUGUGGCACAGUUGUGUCAGAACCUUGGCUGGAAUGCUAUACAGUCUACGCCUUUAGAACUGAUGACAGAUGUCUUGGAACGGUAUCUUACAGAGUUAGGAAAAACCACUCAACGUUACUGUGAACAGUUUGGAAGACUUGAUCCAAAUUUGGACGAUCUUGGAUUGGCCUUUUUCCACUUGGGUAUCCCACUGGGAGAAUUGGAGGAAUAUGUUCGGCAUUUAGAUCCUGUGUUAUUUGCUCAAGAUGUUGUCAGUUUUCCAGUGCGCAAGAGCAAUAAUUUUCAGUUUCCUAAAAGUCGUGAGAUCCAGCAAGAACGAGAAGAACAUGAACCUGACCACCUACCAUACAUGUAUCCAGGCAUGGAGGCGGAGCCAGGAGAACAAAACCAUACACCCAGUCAACCUACUGAAGACCUUGCCAACUCACAAGAAGAUAAAGGUACUCCAAUGGAGGUUAGUCCUGUAACCACAGGAGAGAAACGAGCCGUGUCAAGCCCAGGUGAUGGUUUGCCAUCAAAGAGAAUGAGACUGUCCAGCACCAACCUUCCUGAAGAGGCAGGUCAUUCUCAGUAUGAAAUGAUGUCUGUGGUAAUGUCCCAGACAGGCCACCUGACACCCACCCGUGGGCAAGGCAAACUGCCAGAUGCUCGCACCCCACCCCCGGGCUUGUGUCAACCCAUUUCUUCUGGGGAACCAGAGAGACGGAAAAAGGACUCUGAUAGGGACAGAGACAGGAUUAAAAUAAAAGAGAAACAUAGGAAAAACCUAAUGCGCUCAGAGGGAGAAAGAUCUGGAUCAAAUGUAAACACAGGUCACACAAAUGAAAAGGAAAACUUAAAAACCAGAUUGAAACCAGGACUUUUGAAAACAUUUGAUGUGAAGAAAUUUUCCAAAAAGGAUGGGGGUAAAAGAACUGGUCCUCUGAAAACUUUUAAAUUUGGGAAGCCAGUGUUCAAAUCUUCAAAGUCAAAGAGCAUUGCUAACUCAAGUUCCAUACAGGAAAUGCUUUUUUCAGAUCCUCUGAACAUGGGAGGUCAGGUGGAUGGAAAAAUGAAAAGUGAUCAGGCAAAGCAGAAGUUGAAAAAGAAGUAUUCUGUGGAUUCGUCUCAGCACCCAGAGCUUCAGCGCCUUAUGUUGAGCACCGAUGGGACAAAGCCACUAAAGGGCACAGACACUGAAGGUGAGCGGGAGCGGUCCGCUCCGCAGUCUGCCUCAUGGGAGGCUUCCAUGGUGGACACGUCCAAUGAUAGCGAUGAUGAAUUAUCAGAGGAUGAUUCUCCAGUGCGGCGGUUAGUGAUCGCUGAAGCUGAUCAUGCACCACGUGACACAGAAAUGAGGAAAAAAGAACGACUGAGACGCAUUGAUGACAUUUUGGAUUCCGUUAUAAGGAGUUCAAUGGCAGAGAGUGAUGACUCUAGUUCUUUUUCAGAAAAUGUGGAUGCUCCAAAGGAAAUUGCCCCAUGCGUCAUUUCUAAAAUUAAACCUAAAGAGAAAGAGAAGGUCAAACUGAAAAUGAAUAGUGGUAAAAAUACCUCGUCUUUGGAUUUAGAUGCUUGCAUCAAUACUGUUGUAAGACAAUCUGCAGAAGAGUCCAACAAAAAAGAUCUGGACAGCACAUGCACCAGUGAAAAAGACACUUGCAGUGACAGACCUAAAAUUGCAUCUCCUACUACUGGGAAUAAAAAACAGAAAGUCAAGAAAAAGUUGAAGAUUAAGCCUGGUAAGCAGGGGAAAGGGCUUAACAAAAUUAGGGAAAAGUUAAAAGAAAAAAUAAAGUCUCGCUCCAUUUCUCAAGAUAGUUCUGAACUGGAAUCUGAAAAUAGUGCUAAGCCAGAAAAGGUGUAUCCACCUCAGUUUGGCGUGUUUGACUUCCCCCCGGAUUCACCUGAGGAAAGUGUUCCUCUUGCGCCACUUCACCCCCCUGCUGCCCCACCCUCCCAUCAACCGAGUUCACCUGUAUGCAAACCAUCUUCACCCAUGCCAACAUCACCUGAAAAGCCAGCACAGCCUGCAGAGAAUAUGCAGAUCAGCGUUGAUAACACUCCAGAAGAUUCUGCUCCUGCCAUUCAGCCUUUAAAGCUAGAUGUCAGCAAAGAAAAAAUUAAACAUAAGGAAAGGUCAAAGGAAAAAGAGCACAAGAAGGACAGGAAAGACAAGAAGAAAGACAAAGAAAAGAAAAAAAAGAAUAAGGACAAAGAUCGAGAGAAGUCAAAGGAUAGGGAGAAAAAGGAAAAGAACAGAGACAAGCAUGACCGUGAGGAUAAGGCCGAUGAAUCUGCUCCUUUGACAAUUCCAAAAUUAAAACUAAAGAUAGGAGGAAUACCUGUGGGUGGACCUUCUUCUAAGUCCGUUAAGAUAACAAACACACCUGUUCCCAAGGACAGUACACCGUCACCUGAUGAAAUGAAAUCUGCCCCAAUACGCCCUGAAAUUCCCAGACUUGUGAUAAAGCCAGUUCCAAGGCGACCACCAACAGAUGCUCAGAUUAAGCCUGUGGGUUCACCACCUCCUGUGAAGACGUCUGCUCCCACACCAAGACCAGCACCACCUCCAGGAUUUAAGGCCAUUCCCGAGUCCUCACCUGUAUCCAGUAAAGAGGAAACCAGUGCAUGCCCUACAAAAGCGUCAUUGAUGGUGACCUCACCAACACACGCUGCCCCCACUCAGCCCAGUAAAGAAGAACCUUCAAAGACCUCUGGUCCUAAGCCACUGCCUACCCCUACACCACCUAUGUUGCCGAAAUUCCGCCCCAUACCACCUGUGUCCUCAUCUCCUCCUCCUGUCAGAAACAUCAUCUCUCCACCCUCACCCCCAGCACCAUCCCCACCACCACCUCCAUCCCCAGCCCCAGUCAAGGAGAAAGUGCCCCAAAAGCUUGCACCAUCACCAUCCCAACCUCCAAAACCUUCACCACCUCCUCCUUCACCCCCCAAGCCAAAGUCACCCUUCCCAUCCCCGUCACCUUCCCUUACAAAAGACGAACCACCCAAAUCAGUGGAAAAGCCAAAGUCACCUUCCCCACCUCGACCAGACCCACCCCCGAUAUUUUACCCCGCCCCACCCAGAAGGACAGCAUCAUUGUCUCCAAGAAGCAGAGAGUUGCCUUUAUACUCCGCACAACCUCCGAAACGCAAAAACUCCUCACCUAGAGGACGCAAACCAUCCUCUCCAGGCCGGAGUGUAACUACGCCCCCAAAACGAAAAGCUUCCACCACAUCGCCAGGCAGGAAGAAAGCAUCGCCCAAGGGCCCCAAGAAGAAGGCAUCUGUGGCUGCUGCAGGGAAGAGGAAUCUUUCUUCUCCGCCCCCGUCCACUUUUGCUCGAGAAGAGGAGCACCCAUCAUUUGCUCCAAACAAAUCUGCCGCAAAAAGCUCUCAGAAAUUCAGCAAAGAAGACACCCCCUCUCCUCCAGGCUCUUCUAACCUGUCUCCCUCCCCAUCUCCGCCACCUAAUCAGAAAUCUGAGCAGUCAACUCUCCCUCCACCACCCCCUCCCUCCAAGCCACAGCCACUUCAGAGGGCUGUGUUCGCGGAAACUGUUGGAACUUCUGCUGUGAGUAGUUGGGAUGAAACUGGUCAGCGCAUCUGGAUAUGCCCCACAUGCAAGCUUCCAGAUGAUGGCAGCCCUAUGAUAGGGUGUGACAGAUGUGACGAGUGGUAUCACUGGCCAUGUGUCAGUAUCCUUGAGCCUCCGCCUGAGGAUGAAGACUGGUUCUGUCCAAAGUGCAAGGCUUUACAAGCUAAGGUUAAGGGCAAAGGGAAAGGAGCUAAGCGAGGAAGGAAAAAAAAGGUCAAGUGAGGUGGUUGGAUAAAGGAAUGAACUCUACUUAUUCUAAUGAAAUUGGCAGCAUUCCAAUGUCAGCAUCGACAACGGAAAAAAAUGAUAUAGUGCUAGACAAAAGUGCAGGCAGCACAUGAGCUCUGCAGGUAUUAGAAGCAGCUACAUGCAUUUACUGCAAUUUACAAUAUUCAGUACCAUUAUCAAUGAAAACUUUGUUUGGUUUCUGAAUAGAAGAUAACCAGUCAAGUCAACUGAAACCACAAAUGUGCAUUUGUUGAAUGUAAAAGUCUUGCAAUGCAAAAUAUUUCUGUAGACCAAGUUUCAUGUUAUCAGACAUCUGUUCUUUCAGUCAAAAGUAUUAUUUUGAAGAACAUUCGUGUUGAGAUGUGUUUUACAUUAUAUGAACUGUGUCCUACUUGUUCUCAAAGAGGAUGGGUUCAUUAUAUGUAUCAUAAUUGUGCAAUAUUUUUGCAUUUAAUUACUUGCAUGUCUGUGGUAUGUAUUUUCAUGGCUUGUUGAACUUUCAGAUGUGAAUGUACGUAAUGCACAAACCACGAAGAAUUUCUCUGAAAUAGACAAGUGUAUGAAAUUCAUAUUGUCUAGGCAACAUCCUUAAGAGUUUCAGAUGUAACAUCAUUUUUUGUGGCAGUUUUAUGCGUGCUCCUUCCACUCCAUCAUAUGAAUUCCUCUAAUGCACGGAAAUUCUAGUACUGACAUAAAAGAAGAGAACCCAGGCCAAUUCUUGUUCCUAUGGCUGUUAUAUUGGUUUAUCAUGUUUGUGUUAUUUGUUGCAUUUCCUCUUUUUUUUUUUUUUGUUAUUACCAAUACAUAUACCUUAUAACUGCUACAGCACAUCAAGUAAUUAUGAAGAAAUGAAUGAUUUGUUAGUAACGGAUUUCAAAGUGUCAUUCAGUAUCUCUUUAACACUAGGGAAUGUGUAUACGAUUGUUUUUGAUGCUUCAUGUUGUAGGAAUCACAGGAUGCUCUGUAAUGGCUAUCCCUGUAACAGCCCUUUCCUAAAAUAUUAAAUUGAAUUCACGGUUAGUGUUGAUUUGGGUGAUGAGUUGUAUAAGUGGAGUAUUUUUUUUUUCUGUUGGGCUUGCAGUUGUUGUACAUAUUGUUUUAUACAGAUUGUUCUCUGUAAUUGUAUAUGUAAAGGUCAUACAUAUUCACCGUUCAUUCUUGGACUGCUUUUCCAUUUAUGUUGUACCAAUGGCUUCUGUUUAGACUGGAGUGCUGACAAACAAUUUCGGAUGAAUUUCCAUUUUAAGAAUAAUGGACAUCUUUAAACAAGUAAGGCUCAAUGAUAUAUCAGUUGGAGGAUGAAAUACAUUUAAUUUUUACCUUAAGAGAACACACUUUACAACUGUCUGUUGUUUAAUUAAAUUGUCAGAAAAUGUAA